CAUCAUAUUAAAGGCCUUGAAACUUGCAUGUCUUUUCUCUCAAAUACAUUUACCAAUAAUUUGUCAUAUUUUCCCUUCAAAAGUAAAAAAAAUAUUUAGUAGAGGGUAACUAAUUAAGCUAAAAGCUUGUUUCACUUUUCUCUUUUUUUUGUUCACAAAAUUUGUUACAAGAUGACGAUGGAAGCUGUGGCAGAAACCGUGGUGGCACCCCAACCAACAAAAAAUAACACUGAAUCACCGAAGAAGAAUAAUAGGAUUCAAGUGUCCAAUACAAAGAAGCCUCUCUUCUUCUAUGUUAAUCUUGCCAAGAGGUACAUUCAGCAGCAUAACGAGGUUGAACUAUCUGCCCUUGGCAUGGCAAUCACCACUGUUGUUACUGUGGCUGAGAUUCUGAAGAACAAUGGCUUUGCAACUGAGAAAAAGGUUUUAACAUCAACAGUUGGAAUGAAAGACGAAACGAAAGGGCGCAUGGUCCAGAAAGCCAGGGUAAAAAUCAAACACAAUUCCUGCAAUUUUUCUCUACAAAUCAUAUAAACUAAUUAAUUACUCAGUACUAUCAAUGAACAAGUUUAACAAUCCUUUAAGUACUUACUUUAUCAGAUCGAGAUCGUGCUGGAAAAAACCGAGAAAUUCGACAACUUAAUGGCACCGAAGAACACUAAAGCUGCAGCACAAGAAACGGAAGCAGAAGAAGCACCAAAGAAGAAUGAGGAAAGCAAGCAGUAGUGGCAUUUCUUUGCAUCAAAACUCAUACAUACUGUAUCUCAGUCUGGGUAUAUGAGGAUAUAUAUUAUUAUACUUUCAAGUUCUGCUAUUAUAUAUUUUACUUACUAUAACAGAUAAAAGAUAUAUACAUAUAUUUAUCGAGUGCAACCCCCCCCCCCACCCCCACCACCCAUGCACUGCCGGGGAUGUGUGGCGAUGGCAAGGCUGUAGGUUUGCCCUUAUUAGUUUUUGUAUCAUUUUUCUUGCAGUUUCUUUUCCAGACUUGUAUCUCUUUCCAAGAUGCAGCACAUAUAUGAUAUCGUGUUUGUUUUUGUGCAAGUAGAAAUUCUUAGUAUUUUCUUUCAUAUCCAACUUCCCUCCAAUCCCUUCUUGCUUUAAUUUCUUUGCUUUUCUUUGGUCAAAAUUUUUUUUCAUAUGGAGGGAGUAUGUAGUAAUUUUCGCAAUGUAAUUAGAUUAUUAAGAGAAUAAGUGCACGAAAAGAAGCCAACCCUUAGGGUCCGUUUGG